CAUGAGGCCACUUGAUCAAACUGCCCCACCAGAAGCUGUUUGGGUCUAACAGAGGCAACUCGGGCGCAGAGUAAGAUUUCCAUUAAACACUUCAGAGAAUAAACAAGUGAGCCCGGCGGCAAAAAGGGACAUUUUUGUCUUCUGAAAGCUUAGAGACCAAUUUGUUGCAUUAUGGACCCCAGCUCUGGAAGCGCCCCUCCACCAGAAUGGUCUGGAGAGAAGUCCUCUAUGGGCCAGAUGCCCCCUCCACCCUACCACGACAACCCGGGCUACCCUCAGCCCGGCCCGGGCUACCCUCAGCCCGGCCCGGCGUACCCACCUCAGCCGCAGGGCUACGGACCCCCGCCGCAGUAUGGGGGGGCAGGAUAUGGACAGCAGCCGUACCCCACAAAUCAGCAGUACCCAGGGAAGCCGGCCACCGUCACUGUCCAGCCCACAGUGUACGUGACUCAAGGCCCGCUGGUUAACCCUGUCAAUGACUACAUGUGCUACUCCAUCUUCACCAUGCUGUGCUGCUGCCUGCCGCUCGGAAUCGCUGCCCUCAUCUACUCCAUCUCAGCCCGUGAAGCCAACCAUAUCGGAGACCGGAUGGGGGCCGAGCGGAGCAGCAGGACAGCCAGGACACUGAACCAUGUGGCCCUGGGACUCGGCAUCGGGGUCUUGAUCCUCUGCGUUGUCUACGCAGUGGUUGUGUCAUCUCUGAUAAACAAUUAAAACUGUUUCAGCAACUUUCCAUAUUUGUCAUUCGAUAUUAGGUAAUCAGACUACAUCAGGAACCUUGCUGGUCAUCCGAAGUUUCAUUGUUUAAUUGAAUAUAUGUAACCCUAAAGUCACCUGAUUGAAGAAAAGAAAUUGAAAUUUUGAUUUCAUUAUCAACAGUAGAUGACCAUUUAUUUUAAAGCAACUGCAGAAGGCUUUAAUAUAAUCCAUUACUCUCCAACCAAUACAACCUACCAAAGAUUUAUAUUUCAUCAACAUAUUUUGGGCUUAUGAUUUGCUUUCUAUGUAAUCACACACACAAAAAAAUUUUGUUUUAUAUAUAUAACAACUUUUCACCUUUUUCAAUAGCUGUCAAUAUGCACCCUAACCUAUGUAUGCUAUCAUAGUAUUACAGUGUUUCCUCUAGGAUUUUUUUUAGCAGUGGGAGUAGGCCCGCCCGACUACAUUGUGCGUCUGCCCCAUUUCUGAUACCGUGGCGGCAGAAAUUUAACAGAGGCGGGACGCCGCUCCAAAUUCAACAUAGAGGAAACACUGAGUAUUACAUAUAAAAAGAACUAACCAGUGAUACUUCAGAAUACUCAGAGGAGAAAGAGAGAGGUUUGGCUUUGUUUAGCUUAUGUUGAACAAGUAAAAAUAACAAAAGAGUGAGCCUGUUUCUCAUCACAGUGUAUCUGAUCUGAGAGUGCAUGCUACAAGGAAAUCUGGUCCUUUUGUUUCAGUGAUUUUUACAUCAAAGUACUCGUCUUUAUUCCCGCUAAACAGGAAUGCACAGCUUCACGCAAAAUAAGCAGAAACUUAGUCAGAGUGGAGCCAGUAUGAACGACACAGUCAGCUGCUCGAUCAGUGGCUCUCACACUCCUAUUCUGAAAGCUGUAGUGUUACGUGUCACUGGUCUCGGUGUUUUUUUGUCAUGCAAUUUCUAUAUGUUCUUUUCUUAAAGCUGAAAAAGUAAGAUUUUACUGUAUACCAGAUUUCUUUUUAAAUAAAGUCAAAGUAUAUUGAGAGAAAA